AUGGGUAUCAGCAGAGACUCCCGCCACAAGCGCUCCGCUUCAGGAGCCAAGCGUGCCCAAUAUCGCAAGAAGAGAAAGUUCGAGUUGGGUCGUCAGGCUGCCAACACUAAGCUCGGUGCUAAGCGCAUCCACGAGGUCCGCACCCGUGGAGGCAACCGCAAGUUCCGUGCCAUGCGCUUGGACUCUGGCAACUUCUCCUGGGGUUCUGAAGCCAUCUCCCGCAAGACCCGUAUUGUUGCUGUUGUCUAUAACUCCUCGAACAACGAGUUGGUCCGCACAGGUACCUUGGUCAAGAAUGCCAUUGUCCAGGUUGACGCCACUCCCUUCCGCCAGUGGUACGAGUCCCACUAUGCCGUCCCCAUUGGUGCCCGCAAGGGCAAGGGUGUCGUCAAGGCCGAGUCUGAGGAAGUCUCCAAGGCUCGCUCAAACCACGUCCAGCGCAAGAUCGAGUCCCGCAAGGCCGAGUCCAAGGUCGACCCUGCUCUUGACCACCAAUUCGCUGCCGGUCGUCUCUACGCCUGCAUCUCGUCGCGUCCUGGUCAGUGUGGCCGUGCCGACGGAUACAUUCUUGAGGGUCAGGAGUUGGCCUUCUACAUCCGCAAGCUUAAGAAGUAAAGAUGAUUGUAUGUUCCAUUUUACAAUUAAAAUUACAGUUUUUUUACGCGACUUUAAGGGAAG